CAACUCAAUGCACCAAACGGUGAACAAAUCCACGUUCUACUUGUUCACCGCAAAAGCCAAACGCUGAUUCGUAAACAUAAGAAGCCGUUUUAUCGGACUCUGUCUGUCCAUUUUCAUCAUUUCGUUAACAUUCUUGCGUCGGUGACGCUGUGUUUGCUUCUCCAUAGUUUCAGAAGAUCAUAUACCAAUUGAUUGUUUCAGAUAUGGAAGAACGGUGGAGAUUCAUCACUUGGUUGAAGCUACUACGCGUGCUUCUGGCGCUGCUCUCUCUGCUAUUCACCUUCACCAUGGAACCUGUUCGGUGUUCCACUCUCAACUCAGAAGGGUUGGCACUGCAAAAGAUGAAGGAGAAAGUGGUGAGAGAUCCAUUGGGAAGUUCAUGGAGUUGGAAUAGAGAAGUGGUUGAUCACUGUUCCUGGUUUGGAAUAGAAUGCUCCCAUGGCAGAGUUAUGACCUCCAUUUGAUAUGGUACACUUGUGAAGAGUUAUUCAUCUCGCAGGAACUUGAAAGAUCUGUGUUUUUGCUUUUGAACUUUGCUUUUUCCUUUUCCUUACAUAGCUUCUAUACACAGCAUAGAUUUUAUAUAUGACUGUUUUCUUUUCUUGCAAGUCUAAUAUAGUGAUGCUUGGGUGUCAUCAUCAUCAUCAUCAUCAUGAACUGUUGGGUACUUGAUGCAUCAGAUUAUGUUUAAAAUUGCCUGCUUGUGACAGGCACAUUGGUGAACAUGGAGAUACAUCAUCCAUAAGGAAACUUCUCCAAGCAGCAAAUGGUGUUGAUGAUGACAAAGAAACUCUUUCACCAUCACCAUCACCUUCACCUUUUCCCUCCACAUUAUCACCACUUUCAGAGCCUUUUUCACCAUCACAGAGUCUCUCAGAUUCUCCAGAAUUAUCGCCUUCACCUUCUCCAUCUCUCUCCGGUUUCUUUUCUCUCUUUCACCCUCACCUUCACCUGUGCCAGCACCAACUCCACACACAUCACCUCCACCAAAUCCACCUACGCUUCUGUCCACACCACCACACUCCAAUUGGGUUUCAAUGCCUUCUCCUGCUUCAUCUGCAAACACUUCAAACACAAACCAACACGCUGUCAUUAUAUGGUCCACACUUGGCGGCUUCUCCUUCAUUUUGGUGUCACUCGUUGUUUUUCUUUGCUUCAGAAGCAACAAGGUUGUCACUGUAAAACCUUGGGCCACAGGGUUGAGUGGCCAGCUUCAGAAAGCCUUUUUAACAGGUGUUCCUAGUCUGAAAAGAACAGAACUUGAAGUAGCUUGUGAGUAUUUCAGCAACAUUAUUGGUUCACUGCCUGAUGGGACUGUUUAUAAGGGGACUCUCUCCAGUGGAGUUGAGAUAGCUGUAGUAUCCUCUGCAGUGACUUCAUCCCAUAACUGGUCCAAAAAUCUGGAAACUCAAUUCCGAAAGAAGAUAGCAAUGUUGUCAAGAGUUAACCACAAAAAUUUUGUGAAUCUAAUUGGAUAUUGUGAAGAGAAUAAGCCAUUCACAAGGAUGAUGGUUUUUGAGUAUGCUCCAAAUGGAACUCUAUUUGAGCAUCUACACAUUCGAGAAGCAGAAAGACUAGACUGGGGAAUGAGAAUAAGGAUAGCUAUGGGAAUAGCUUAUUGUCUGGAGCACAUGCAUGAGCUGACACCACCCAUUGCCUAUAGAAACAUACUAUCUUCCUCUGUAUAUCUGACUGAAGAUUAUGCUGCUAAAUUAUCAGACUUUAGUUUCUGGACUGACAUAGUCUCUACAAAGAAGGGUUCUGAAUCUGCACAGCUCUUAGAAACAGCUCCAGAAUAUGUCAAGGCCAAUGUUUACAGCUUUGGAGUACUAUUGUUUGAAUUGAUUACAGGAAGAAUUCCCUUCGCAGUGGAGAAUGGUUUAUUUGAAGAUUGGGCAGCAGAAUAUAUAAAGGGACAACCCUUGAGAGACAUGGUGGAUUCAAACCUGAACUCUUUGCAAGCAAAUGAAAUCGAGAAAUGGGAAGAAGUGAUUAACAUCUGUGUAGAUCCUGAUCCAGAAAAAAGACCAACCAUGAGGGAGGUUACUUCUAAGUUGAAGGAAAUCACCACCAUAGGACCUGACGGAGCAACUCCAAAAGCAUCACCUCUUUGGUGGGCAGAAAUAGAAAUUAUGUCCCCUGACUUAAGUUCAGACGUGAAUCCAUAACUCAAAAUGAAAACUAUGUCUUUCAGGGAUAAUAAUCUGAACAACAACUCUGAAUUUGGAGUUUGAUGCCAUUUUUUAAUUUUUAUUUUCGCAGUUAUGUUUUAGAUUCUUGUUCUUUUGAAGCUAACUGAAGUAGGAUGAACAGAAGAAACAACUUUUGUCUCAGUAGAACAAUUUGAUUUUGUAGCUAGUUAAGGAAUGAAUUUGUUUUUAUGCUUGUAUAGA